AUGACGAAAGACACAUCUAAACCCCAAACAUUAAAGGACCGAGGAAUAGACAUCAGCGAUGACCUAGGUAAGGCUAACCUCCUCAAUAAACAGUUUAACUCUGUCUUCUCGGCCCAGUCACCAAUGUCUUUGAAAGACAUGCGUGACCAGAGGAUCCUGCAAGAAAAGAAGGGUGAGGAUGACAUGGCAGAUAUUAACAUUACAGUCAAUGGAGUGUUUGAACUACUGAAGAGACUUAAUCGUUCAAAGGCAACCGGACCAGACGAUCGAGUCCUCAUGGAACUUGCGUUUGAACUCGGACCUAUUGUCAUCACUCUCUUCAAUCAGUCCUUGCAGCAGCAACACCUACCCACCAUCUGGAGGAAGAAAAAUGUCACUCCAAUAUUUAAGAAGAGGAAAAGAACAGAACCAGCUAAUUAUAGACCAGUGUCGCUUAGCUGCGUUCUGUGUAAACUGAUGGAGCACAUCAUUUGUAGCCAACUAAUGAAACACCUGAAAGACAAGUUUUUCACCCACUCCAGCACGGAUUCAGAGAGAAGAGGAGUUGUGACUCACAACUUUUUGAGUACACAUCGGAAAUUGUCAACAACAGGGAAAAAGGAAUUCAGACCGAUGUAA